AUGUUCGUUUUGGUGAGCAACGGCACCAUCAAUAUUUUACGCCACUGCACUCUCCUCCGUCCACGCCUAGUCACUCUUCUGUCUUCUUCUCUCCGUCACGGUUUCCGUGCCUCGCCUCCAAUGGACAAUGCCCGCAACAGCCCCUUCUCCUCCUACGCUCACGCCUCUCCCAGUGGACAGGCCUUUGAUAUGAAAAAUAAUGGAGAAAAAAGAAGAGGGCGUGGUGGUGGGAGUGGCUCAGGAAAGGACAAAAUUGACGCUCUUGGUAGGCUCCUGACACGGAUUUUACGACAUACGGCAACUGAAUUGAAUUUGAAUAUUCGUAAUGAUGGUUUUGUGAAAGUUAAUGACGUGCUAAAGCUGAAUAUGAAGACAUUUGCUAAUAUUCCAUUGAGAUCGCACACUGUUGAUGAUAUUAAGGAGGCUAUUCGACGAGAUAAUAAGCAGCGGUUUAGCCUUAUGGAAGAGAAUGGGGAACUAUUAAUACGUGCAAACCAAGGCCACACAGUAACGGCUGUUGAAACUGAAAGCUUAUUAAAACCAAUCCUUUCAGCUGAAGAAGUUCCAGUUUGUGUGCAUGGAACCUACAGAAAGAACUUGGAAUCAAUUCUAGGAUCUGGGCUGAAGCGCAUGAAAAGAUUGCAUGUUCAUUUCUCUUGUGGUUUACCAACAGAUGGAGAAGUAAUUAGUGGUAUGAGGCGAGAUGUCAAUGUUCUUAUCUUUAUAGACGUUAGAAAAGCAUUAGAAGAAGGUAUGAAGCUUUACAUUUCUGACAACAAGGUGAUCUUGACGGAAGGUUUUGAUGGCGUUGUUCCACCCAAGUUUUUUGAAAAGAUAGAAUCAUGGCCUGGCCGACAGCCUAUUCCUUUUUGA